AUGUUACAAAGUGUGGCUCGAGUACUUGGCUGCAGCGCACCAGCUGUGUUCGCAGUGCAUGGCAACCGUGUCUUCGUUCCAGCGGACAACGGUGUGGUCGUCGUAGAGGACAGUUACGAAUAUUUGUGGGCCCCGUUUCCCAUUGGGAAGUACUCGAUCGACAAAAUCGCCGUCAGUGCUGCAGGCGUGCUGUGUUUAGCGGAGAAGCGCCUGCAUGUUGCGCUGCAUUUCUUCGAUGCGGACUCUAUGCAAAGCCUCGGCGUUGCAGAGGCGGAGGUCUUCGUAAGUAUUGCAGAUAUCGUCUUUUCUGCUGAUGGGAAGGAGCUUUUUGUCCUUGGAACGGUUCCUGACACAACUGUGACCAUUUUCAGGCGAAGCACGCCAAAUGGCUCCUACAGUCUCGCAGACCGCGUGCCUCUCCAGCACAGCGAGGAGCCAAAAGGGCUGCUUGCCUUCGGUUUUGAGGGGUCUGUUGUUCGUUUUGGCAUAUGGAGAAGCGGCUGCAUUGCGGGCUACGCCCAUGGGGAGGACGGCAAGUGUUUUCAAAAGUGCUUCUCUGUGGAGGCGAGCAUAGAGAGUGCGUGUGUCUCAGGACCGAGCACGAUGUGCUAUAUCACGAAGGAGGGGUCUUUGCAUGUGUAUUCACAUGAAAGCCGGACGUUUCAGGAUGUGUGCGAAGGCUCGCUGGCACCGGCUGCAGCCUCAAUGAUUGUGUGGGAUGGCACUGUGUUUAUUUUCACGCGCUCAGGGGACCUCCUCUCCGUCAAUCUAUGUGAUGGCACUCAUCACCGUCGCUCCCUUGGGUGCCUGCCUUCCUGCGCAAGUCGCCUUGUUGUCACGAGCGCAGCGGAGCUGCUGCUGAGCACGCAGACAGGCUUACUCGCAGUGGCAGUUCCAGUAGUGACCAAUGGCGGAGCUGCCGAUUCGCGCCUUGUGAAGGGCUGGACGGAGGCCUCGACACUCCGGUGCCUUUCUGUGAACAAUGGGGCUUCGGCAGCGUGGGUGUUGCGGGAUGGCAGCAUCGCCCUUUACAAAAGGGACGAUGUGAGGGUUUUAACACCUUGCGGCGUGCGAAGGGCGGCUGUGCAUGCGUGCAUUUUGAACUCCUCUGAGAUAGUGAUCCUGUUCGAGGAUGGAACGCUGCGCUGCUUUGACUGCGUCGGUGAGAGAGAGGUGUGGUCUCACCAGUGCUUGGAGUGGGCUCCUACGUUUGUGGAGGCGGAUGGGUCUGGCACUGUCGCGUGCUGUGGUCGAGACGCGCUUCGGUUUUUGAGAUGCAUGGAUGACGGCGUGGAGGACCGAGGCGUGGUUCGCACCACUCUUCUUGCCUCCAUCUGCUUGGUAAGGUGGGUGCCGAUGGAGACAUGUCUACUGGUCGUGUGCCAAAAUGGUGAUGCAUUUCUUGUCGAGGUGCCGAAAGACGGCGACGCCGAGACAACGCACACUGCCGAGGCGUUUGUGCGCAGCUCGUGGCGACUCGACUUCCCGAUCACGGAUGCACUCGUGUGUUAUGUUACUCCUGACGUCCUCAAUCUCUUUGUACACUCGGCAGACCAUGAUUCGAAGGUGUACAUGCUUGACCGCCAACGAGAAGGUGACGGAAAGGUGUCGCGGCCUUUGUUUCUCAUUCACGACCACAGCAGCGGUGGCAGUUGUCUCCUACGUCUCAACGAUUCCACAGUCAUUUCGUGUGGCCGAGAUGGAAGCAUCGCCGCGCGUGAUUUGACGCCGUACCAGACACAAAUGACCCCCAUCCCACCAUCGCGUGAGAAGCGGAAGCCGCUCUGGGUGCACGCCGUGCGUUCCUCAUUCGGCGGCGGUAUCACGACGGUGGCCACUACUGACACCGGGGCAGAGGUGAUCUGCGGCGGCAAUGACGGGGUUAUCCAGUGUGUUACGUUGAAAGCAGAAGGUGCCCACGCUACCUGGCAGGAGCCUCAGUGGACGCACGCGGAGGCAGCGCGACUGGGCAUCGUUGGCGACAAGAUAACCACUGUACAAGCAGGCGACGCGGCGCCAGAACGGGAGGCGCUCCUUCUUGCGGUGUCCCGCGUGCGUGAGCUGUGGAUGAAGGUGAUGAGCGACAAGGAUACCGAGGUUCCUCUCGAGGCUUUCUUGACGCCAGAGCAGCGUGACCAGUUCGCGGCGGAAUGCGACAGCGCCGUGUUUGAUAUGCGCGAGGGACACUACUAUCACGCUAUCCUGAACGAGUACCUCCAGGAUACUCUCCGGAGGCGCUGCUGCGAGGCGAUGGAGGUGACACGCAUGAAGGUGGUGAGCAUGAAGACAUCCGAGUUGGAGGUGCACAACUUUCACAUCCAUCGCAGGACACGGGCCGAGGCAUCGCUCUCCCGCAAAGCAUUGUUUCUCCGCCAGCUGCAGAAGAAGAGCGCUGUUGGUCGACGCACGGUUCCUGGGCUGCAGAUCAUGUCAAAGACCGCGACGCCCGCGGAUGGCAGCUCUAGCGGAACUGAAGACCUCGACGCCGCCAUGCUGAACGACGCGGAUGUGUACACUCAGAGCCGCAUGGUUCUUCAGUCUCUCCUCGUCAAGGGCCGGUCUCUGGCGCUCAAGGAUGCCUUCAACACGCGCUUCACGGAUCUGCAGGACUUGAAGAGACAGUCCAUGAUGCAGGUGGAGGAACGUACGCUGCGCUGUAUUACGAUUGGGAAGCAGUUGGGCAGCCUUCCUGCACAGCUCUUCACGGCGGUCGUCGACCCGGAGGAGAACCCCAACUCACUAUUCGUUGUCGAGGACAAGGAGCUGAGCGCUGAGGCGCAGGCCCUCAUCGCCCCUUCCAUGGGGGCAACUGUUGUGUCUCCGGUGGAUGAGGCGGCCUUGCCCCUGUGGAUGGACGGCCUGGAAAAGGAGGUGGUGCGGCUGGAGGUGCAUGUGCCGUUGCCAGACUUCGCAGAUGACACGCGCGACACCUUCAUCCCGCCAGAGGAGCGCACAGAGGAGCAGACGCGCAUUAUUGAGGCUUACGCCAAGAGACUCAAGGAGGAGAACGAGUGCGUCGAGGCGAAGAGGGAGGCGCUGCGAGGUGAGUUCAAGUCGUUGCAGGAAAAGAACAGAGAGACCGCCGCGAAGCUCGACGAGCAGCUUCACCAGAUUCGCCAGCUCCGGCUGAACACCGCUGAGGAGGUCGAUGAAGCAGAGCUUCAACUGGCGCUACUUUUUCAACAUCGGCUGUGCGUCAGUGCUGCCUAUCGACAGCAUCAAUCUAUGGCCCAGAAGCGCGAGGCUCUCCGUGACGGACGGACAGAAGCUGAAUUUAUCGUGGCGCAGCAGAAGCACUUGCUCCGUGCAGCACAGGCUCGGUUGGCCGCGGCGGAGAGCAAAACAGGUGGCUACGCGGCGAGUGUCAGAGCCUUAGCACCCUUUGAGGAUGGCACCACGGGCGAGAAGCUGCACCGGCGUUUUGUUCGAUGGCAGCGGCGCUUUGUGGACGGCAGUGCGCCGCUGCCAGAUGCUGACACGUCAGCAGCAGACUGCACGGCGGAGCAGUGGGCAGCUUUUUGCGAUCAUUGCCAGGCGGUAGCUGAGUUGCAACAGCUCGUCAACGAUGCCGAGGCAGAGGUGCAGCGAGCUGCUGUGGACGUGCGGGAAGCGCAGCGACACUGCAAGCUUAUUACGGAUGAAAUAGAUGUCACUGGAGAGGCAAUGGCCGCUGUGCGCGGCAGCUCAGUGGCGCGCCUUCUAGACGUCCACGCCCUGUGCCGGCUGCGCCAGGGCCAAAUCCAAGACGAGGGAGCCACGACGGCGACGGCGUUUUUGUCCUCCAACUUGCGGUGGCGCGAUGACGUGUCCCAGUACAACGAUCUCAUCCUCCAAAGCGAAGCAGAGAGCCGCGCACUUCUGAUCAAGGCGUUUGCUCAGCAAAAGCUGAUGAGGCUGUUGGACUGGGACACGGAGCGGCUUAGGUACUGCACAGGGACACUGCAGCUGGAGCUGCGGCAGCUGCAUACCCUUCGCGUCACCCGCCAGAUGCAGGAGUGGCUGAGCGGCGACGCAGAGGUGUCGGAGGAGAAGAUGCUGGCGCAUCUCCAGCGCCAUAUGGACAUGGUGGAGAUGAACAUGAGUCGAAAAAUCGAGGAGCUGCGGAGCGUUGGGCGGCGACUGAAGAGCCAGAUUGCGGAGCGGGUGACAGAGAACACAAUCGUCGAUGCCCAGUGCGACGACCUCGACGACACAGUGCGUGCGAAUACAGCAGUGUACCGUCUGAUGGAAACGGGCGCGGACAGCUUGCACGCGCGUGCUGCACGGGCGAAAGAAAUUUUCUGUACCAGUGAGCUAGAGGAGCUGGCUCGGUCACAGCAGGAGGAGCUAGUGCGACUGAAGCACGAGGUGGAUCGUCUGCGGGAGCGGACGUUCCCGUCUUUUGCCGUUGUGUCGAAGCAGACGCGCUAG